AUGCCACUCGUGCGCCAGGCCUCCACGCGCUCGGAUGGUCAUUCAUUCUCUGUCCCCCCAGUCGCGACCUCUGACGUCGCAAUUAGGCCAUUAUCGUCAAAACGCCAUAGCACACCUUCGAAGCUCCCGCCCUUCUAUUUCCUUGAUUUUGAGCUGUACCGCCGUACUGUUACUGAGAUUCCCAGCGCUGUUACUGGCAUCCGACCAGAGCUCCAGGCUUUCACAGAGGAUAUCCGAGAGCAAGCACAGGUGUACUUUCGCUCCAUUCAUCCGUGGAUACCAUUUCUUUCCAAGAAGUUGUUUAACGAGCGUCUUUUAAAUCCUUUGGCUCCACCUGAUGCAGGAAUUACCCUGCUGUUUGCCUGCAUAAAGCUCGUCUGUAGUCUUCCUGAUGGCGAAGACAUGUGCACCGACGCAUACACUAUUAUCAAAAGCUCGAUCUUGGAGGCAGAGAUGGCAGGUAUCCUGUCAUUUCGCAUCCUUCAGGCUUGGAUUUUGCUAUGUGUAUAUGAGUUUGGUCAUGCAAUCUAUCCCGGAGCUUAUUUUUCAAUCAGCACUUGUGCAAAAUAUGCCACCGCGCUUGGGAUUGACGGGAACGAGACAAAUGCCCAGCGCCGGACAUUUCAUUGGAUUGAUGUGGAGGAAAGAACCAGAGCACGAUGGGUUAUUCUGAUUUUGGAUCGGUAA